AUGGUGCUGGGUUUGGGAGGAUGCUGCGGCAGCGUCGCCGUCGCCGCCGAAGAAAGGAAGGUGUCGCCUGCAGAAGCCAAGAUUCAACGGCGAGCAGUAAAAGAUGCGGCAUCGUCAGGCUGUUCUUCGGGAGAGAAGGAGAUGACGAAGGAGGAGAGGAAGAAGAGGGAUCAUGAGGGGGAGAGGAAGAAGAGGGAUCAUGAGAAGGCUCCCCCAAUCACGAUGCAUCAAUUCCCCUUCCACUCUCGCCCCAGCUUACUCUGA